AUGGCACCAUCCGCGACCACCACCGAGACCGUGGUUCGGGACCCGGCCACGGACCCGGUCUCACUGAAGCUCGACUCCGGCCCGGUAGAAGACGAUGCCCAGGACCCUUUCGCAACGGGCGGUGUCCCUUAUGAAGGCAUGCCAAAGUUCGACGACCUAUACAAGAAGCGUCAAUGGCAGCUUGAGCACAUGGCCGGCGCCUUCCGAGUGUUCGCCCGGAAGGGGUUCACGGAGGGUGCUGCGGGCCACAUCAGUGUCCGAGACCCUGUCGACCCAGAUACCUUCUGGAUCAACCCUUAUGCCAAGCAUUUCGGGAUGCUCAAGGCGAGCGACAUGGUCCAUGUCGAUGAGCACGGACAGGUCAUCGGAGGCGCACGAUCGCCAGUCAACACUGCCGGCUUCAUGAUUCAUAGCGCCAUCCACAAAGCACAUCCGCGAGUAAAUGCAGCUUGUCACACACAUUCAAAGUUCGGCAAGGCUUGGUCAUCUUUCGGAAAGCCGCUAGAGAUUCUGUCGCAGGACGCCUGCAACUUCUAUCAGAACCAGGCGGUAUACUCAAGGUUUGGCGGUGUGGUGAUGGAGAAGGAGGAAGGCGAGCGCAUCGCCGAGGCUAUGGGCGACGCGCGAUGCGUAAUUCUACAGAACCACGGUCUGCUGACGACGGGAUCGACUGUUGACGAGGCGGCGUACCUCUUCACGCUGGCUGAGCGGACUUGCGAGGUGCAGAUGCGCAUUGAUGCUACUGGCCGUGACAAGAUCAUUGUGGACGAUGAGGAGGCUGCGUAUACCGCCAAGUUCAAUGCCAACCCGACGACGUUGUAUACGGACUUUCAGCCUGACUAUGAGUAUGAGGUCUGGAUGUCGAAUGGGGAGGUGUGUAAAUAA